AUGAAGAUCUCGCGUAAGAACUCCGCCAAUGUAUCGGAUGACGCAGCCACACGAAAAUUGGAAGAAAGCCGAGACGCUUUGAGGCAGGCCAUAUUCCAAAAGACCGCCAAUGAGGCUUUGAAAAUACCAAAUGGUUAUCUUAAAGUUGCAGUGAAGAUCAUUCGCUGGAAUGAGAACAUUGACGAUUUCAAGGGCCACACUCAAGAAAUUGCGCGACUGGAACGCAUUUUCCGAGACAGAUUCGGCUAUCAAUGCUCUGUACAUUCCAUCGACGACAACAAAAAGCCGCAGCUCGACAUCAACAAAGCUAUUCUGGAUCAUGUUUUCGAGCAUGAUGACCCACAUAGCCUCCUGAUAUUCUACUACACCGGACAUGGAGCAGAAGAUGACGAGAAAUUACUCGAGCUAUCAGCCUCCGAGAUCAUCAGGGUUACUGGACGGCAUGAGGCAACAGCGAGCUGGCCCAAAGCGGAAAUUCCGAUUCUCAAAGAAAUGCAAGGCGACGCUCUUGUUGUACUUGAUUGCUGUAUGGCAAGCCUUGCUGCCAAAGGCAGAAACCUAGGAACGCGGACUUAUCAGCUGUUGGCAGCAGUAUCGGAAGACAUGGAAACGUUUGGUCCAGGCCCAAAGUCGUUUACGACAGCAUUCUGCAACUCUCUCGAAGAACUGCUAGAUGAGAGAGAUGGAAGACCCUUUCUGAUGACACAACUCGUCGAGAAAAUCAACAAGCAGCGAAAGAGACAGGCAUGUCUGAUGUGGGAUCGACUCAGCAGCUAUAAACGUACUCUCCAGCUGGUACCCUUGCAUCAGCAUCAGACACAGGAGCGCGAGGCGGCCUUCCAAACGAGUGACUUGGAGAAAGCGUCCUUAGGUCUCCGAUUCUCCUUGAAAGAGCACGACUUGAGCGACGAGCUCGUCCAAAAGUUUGCAGAGCAUCUACCUCGCGUCUGCCAUGACAUCGGACUUCCCCUUCGACGUAUCUACUGGGAGGGCAUGGCGACGGGAAAGCCAGCUAUGAAGAGGAUUAUCGAGCCUCUGAACGACGAAGACUAUGACUAUCCAGGUCACAGCGUACGCGAUGCUACAAUCAGGACAUUUUUCGGUGCCGCUACACAUCUGAAUACCCGCGUCAGGAUGUUGAAGGCGCUGAAAAAGAGGCGCGAAAGUCGUUUACUGAGUCCUGAGGAAACAGGUGGAAGCCUCGUGCUCUUUGCUAAAACAAUGAUGCUUGUCUCCAUAGGUUUGGCAGGUGCAUUUCUCUUCACGGAGCGUAAGGAGAGAUACAUCCUAUUCGGGACUGCGGGGAUCGUGGCGUUGGCUUGCAAGGCGUAG